AUGUUCGCCGAGAUGCUCAAGUCCGACGUCGAGCACCUGCGCGUGGGCGACACCACCAAGAUCGGGCUCGCGGCCAAGUGCCAGGAGUACCUCGACAUCUCGGACAAGCACUAUGCUUACCGCGUCCGUGACCGGCUCCGCCGCGAGGUGUUGGUGCCGCUGCGCAAGGCGCUCGAGCUCCCGGAGGUGUACAUGUGCGCGUGCAAGUUUGAAGAGCUGCCGUACGCGCGGGUGGCGUCCUUGGCGAUGAACAAGUACAAGGAGGUGUUCCAUAAGCACGACAAGCACCGCGUGGCUGGCUUCUUCGACGAGAUCCGCCACAAACCAUGGCAAUUGGCAACUGGGCAAGCAUGA